AUGAAGCUUAUGAGCAAUGUGUUUCGAAAGUACCUGGACGAGUUCGUGAUUGUGUUCAUAGACGACAUCUUAGUCUAUUCGAAGAAAGGAGAGGAUCAUCCCGCGCAUUUGAGGAAAGUGUUGGAAAGACUAAAGGAGGAAAAGUUUUUUGCCAAACUUAGUAAGUGUAGCUUUUGGAAAAGAGAGAUUGGGUUCUUAGGACAUGUAGUAUCGGACAAAGGUGUGUCUGUGGACCAGGAGAAGAUUUGGUCCAUAGCGGAAUGGCUGAGACCGCAAAACGCCUCGAAAAUACAAAGUUUCCUAGGACUGGCCGGCUAUUAUCGAUGGUUCGUCAAGGGUUUUGCAAGUAUGGCACAUCCGCUGACUCAACUUACGGGAAAAGAUGUACCAUACGUGUGGACAGCUGACUAUGAACAGAGUUUCGCGAAGCUCAAGGACAUGCUGACUAGUACACCAAUUUUGGCACUACCGGAACCAGAUCAGGGUGCGUACUAA